AUGAGUCAUCCGGAUAAUAAUGCAAGUGCUAAUGUUAAUUCUACUGAGAAUAAUGAAAUCAAGAUAGAUGAUCAUGCGCCAUUAUGGAAGUAUGUUAAAAUGCUUGACAAGUUAGGAAAAGGAGGAGGAAAUACUAUGUUUGAAUGCAAUUAUUGUCAUAAUACUUACAAAGGCUCCUACUCUAGAGUCAAGUUUCAUUUGUUGAAAAUGUCGGGUAACGGGAUUGCACCUUGCAAAAAGGUUACUAAUGAAGUUUUGGAAGAAAUGAAAAAACUUAUGAGAGAAUGUGAACACCGGUUGAAAAGUGCAGCUCCAAGACAAGUGUCUUUGCCUAAUACUGGUUCUUUACUUUGUUCUUCUGUGUAUAAUGUUGAGCAAAAGAAGAGAAAGGGAAUGAAUGGGCCCCUUGAUAGAGCUUUUCAAAAUGAGGCUAGAGAACAAUGUGAUGCUGAAGUUGCAAGGAUGUUUUAUACAGGUGGAUUGUCCUUCCACCUGGCAAGGAAUCCACAUUAUCGAAACUCCUAUUUUCGUGCUUCUAAACUUCCAGGAUAUGUUCCACCAAGUUACAAUGCACUAAGAACUACUCUUUUGCAACAAGAGAAGAGGCACAUUGAGCGAUGUUUACAUCCAAUUAAGAGUACAUGGAGCACUAAAGGUGUAAGUGUGUGUAGUGAUGAGUGGACAGAUUCACAAAGAAGACCACUUAUUAACAUUAUGGCAACUUGUGAGAACAGGCCUAUGUUCUUGAAGGGAAUUAAUUGUGAUGGAGAGUACAAGGACAAACAUUGUAUUGCCAACUUUCUUAUCGAUGUCAUUAAGGAAAUUGGUUAUCAAAAUGUAGUUCAAGUAAUCACUGACAAUGCGCCAGUUUGUAGAUCUGCUGGAUUACUUGUUGAGGCUAGAUAUCCCAAUAUCUUUUUGACACCAUGCGUGGUUCACACUUUUAAUCUUGCUUUGAAGAGCAUAUGUUCACCAAAACAAAAUGACGAUUGGUAUGAUAAAUGUAGUUGGAUUUCAGAGAUUGCUGCUGAUGUUGGGUUCAUAAAAAAUUUUAUUGUGAACCAUAAUAUGAGAUUGACUAUGUAUAAGGACCACUGCAAAUUGAAGCUGCUCUCCAUUGCUGAAACAAGGUUUGCGUCUACACUUGUGAUGAUUAGAAGAUUUAAGGAAGUAAAGGAAGGUCUAGAACAAAUGGUGAUUAGUCCAAACUGGUCUUUAUAUAAAGAGGAUGAUGUUGGCAAAGCAAGAGCAGUGAAGGAAAAGAUAUUGGAUGAAUACUUUUGGGAUGAGAUUGAUUAUAUACUUUCCUUUACAGCUUCUAUAUAUGAGAUGAUUAGGAUGGCUGACACCGAUAAACCUUCUCUUCAUUUGGUUUAUGAGUGGUGGGAUACCAUGAUAGAGAAUGUGAAGUCAGCUAUCUAUAGGAAAGAGCACAAGCAACUGCAUGAACAAAACGACUUUUUUGAUGUGGUGUAUCAAAUUAUACUGGAGCGAUGGACUAAGAGUAGCACACCACUCCAUUGUUUGGCACAUUCUUUAAAUCCUAAGUUUUAUAGUCCAGAAUGGCUGCAAGAGGAUCCUAGUCGUGUUACUCCACACCAAGAUGCCGAGAUUACAAGGGAAAGAAAAAAAUGUCUUGAGAAAUACUUUUCAGAUGACCGGGCUAGAAGAGAUAUCAAUUUGGAGUAUGCCUCCUUUUCAAUGUGCUUAGAUGACUUUGGAGCUAUUGAUGCUAUGAAUGAUAGGUUUCACAUGGAACCAAUGGUGUGGUGGAUUGUUUAUGGAUCUUCAACACCAAAUCUCCAAUCCAUAGCUUUGAAGCUACUUGGACAACCUUUUUUUGGAGAUUUGCCGUAUCCCCGUGUCGUGUCGUAUCGUAUCGCCGUAUCCGUAUCCGUGUCCAUGCUUCUUAGCUUACAACUUGAUGUCAGGACAUUAGGAACUGGGGAUUUUUUGGCUUGUUGUAUGGCAUUGCUAGCUCUGUAUGAACCCAGGGGGCGUUUAGCGAAAGUUCUACAACUGGUGGCUUUUGUGCUAUGGAGAAUUUGGAAGUGUCGAAAUGCCUUGGUCUUCACUGGGGUCUUGGUACAACCCUGUGAUGCGGUGGCCGUGUUGUUGAAACAGGUGGAUGAGUUCAAUGAGGUGCAUGCGGUGGAGCAGACACAACUGCAACAGCGGGGUGUGCCUUCUGGUUCUGUUGGUGAGGCUGGAUCUGCCUGGUCUUUCCCUCCUCUGGGUUUCGUCAAGCUUAAUUGUGAUGGGCCAUGGGAGGCUCAAACAGGAAAAGGAGGGGUGGGGUGGGUGCUCAGAGAUGGAAUAGGCUGUUUUAUUAGUGCGGGGGGUUAUGGGGACGUGCGCUGUGUCUCUGCGUUAAUGGCGGAGGCAGAGGCAGUGGAAUCUGACUCACUUAGCUUGAUCAAAAUGCUCAAUAAGAAGGGUGCGGUGGAUUUGGAGAUUGAAGGUAUUCUAUUUGAUAUUCAAUGCUUGACUCAACAUGCUGACCAAGUGGACUUUUUGUAUGCUCCAAGGAUUUGUAACCAAGCUGCUCACAAAGUGGCAACUCAUGUUUCUCGUACUGGUGGCAGGCAUAGCUGGGAUAUUGUGUGUCCUGAAUGGCUGUUUAAUUGCCUUGCCCAUGAUGUAAACUGUUCUAUUCGCAUCUAA